CAGCAGCGCCACCCGCAGCCGGUGGGGUGCGCUCUUCCAAGUGGCCGCCCAGCUCCCUGCCAGCCUGCGCCUGCGCAGAUCUUUAAUGGUUCUGUCGGGGACACCCCUGGGCACUCCGGAUUAAGAUGGCGGCGGCUGCCAGGCGGGGCUGGGGAGCUGCGGCUGUUGCCGCGGGGCUGCGCAGGCGUAAGGCCCUGAAAGAGGAAGUGACAUGUCCACGAUCACACAGUUUCUAAGUGAUGGAACUCCGAAGAGAAUUAAGACCCCUAGAUGCCCUGCACGCACCACCAUUAAGCCCACUCCGUUCCCUUGCUUUUCUUCCCUGAGCCGUACCUUUGAGUUUCACCUUCCAAAGACUUCUCGGAACAUUGCUAAGAGGACAUUUAUGUUCUGUCACAUGUUGAAGAAUCCAUACACCAUUCAGAAACAGCCUCUGCAUCAAUUUGUACAAAGACCACUUUUCCCACUACCUGCAGCCUUUUGUAACCCAGUAAGAUACAUGUUUAUUCAAACACAAGAUACCCCAAAUCCCAACAGCUUAAAGUUUAUACCAGGAAAACCAGUUCUUGAGACAAGGACCAUGGAUUUUCCCACCCCAGCUGCAGCAUUUCGCUCCCCUCUGGCUAGGCAGUUAUUUAGGAUUGAAGGAGUAAAAAGUGUCUUCUUUGGACCAGAUUUCAUCACUGUCACAAAGGAAAAUGAAGAAUUAGACUGGAAUUUACUGAAACCAGAUAUUUAUGCAACAAUUAUGGACUUCUUUGCAUCUGGCUUACCGCUAGUUACUGAGGAAACACCUUCAGGAGAAGCAGGAUCUGAAGAAGAUGAUGAAGUUGUGGCAAUGAUUAAGGAAUUGUUAGAUACUAGAAUACGGCCAACUGUGCAGGAAGAUGGAGGAGAUGUAAUCUACAAAGGCUUUGAAGAUGGCAUCGUACAGCUGAAACUCCAGGGUUCUUGUACCAGCUGCCCUAGUUCAAUCAUUACUCUGAAAAAUGGAAUUCAGAACAUGCUGCAGUUUUAUAUUCCAGAGGUAGAAGGUGUAGAACAGAGUCUUGCUCUGUUGCCCAGUCUGAAAUGCAGUGAUAUGAUCUCCACUCACUGCAACCUCUGCCUCCUGGGUUCAAGCAAUUCCCAUGCCUCAGCCUCCUGAGUAGGUGGAAUUACAGGUUAUGGAUGAUGAAUCAGAUGAAAAAGAAGCAAACUCACCUUAAAAUAAUCUGGAUUUUCUUUUGGCACAACAGUCAGACUUGUUGAUAAUAUAUACAAGUUUUUAUUACUAAUAUGUGGAGGAACUUGAAGAGUAAUAAAAUAUCUUCAGAGAAUGAUAUAUAAA